CUAGCAGGAAAGAGGGAGCUAGUAGUCGCUCACUAUCAAUAGAUGUAUUUCACCAUGAGAAGCUGAAGCACACGCUAUUGGCACAACUUAGGAGGAGCUCAAAGAAAGGUGAAAAUAAAGCUAAACUUUCCGUUCUAGUACCGCAGCCCGCGCUCCUACUCCAACUGUUAGUGCCUGUCAGAUCUGAAAUAUUAACGCUUCAAACACAUCUACCAGAAGCAUGGGCCGCCUCCGGGACGACAACACCAACACGUACACUACGACAACAGUUGAUCUACUUGUGGCAGCGUCGAGACCUAUUCCCCAACCUGGACGCGACUUCGGGAACAAAAAGAUGACGAGCAUUCGUGACUUCACGGAGGACGAGGGAAGAGCCUGGAAACGGGCGGUUGCGUACAACACCGCGCGCUGUAGUCGGGAGGCGAUUUUGCUCCUCGGUCCUGCCGGCGGCGGGAAAUCUGCGUAUCGGAAGGAGUUUCUGGAGAGUGACCAGGGUUCGCAGUUCGUGGACUUCGACGGCGAUUUGAUGCGCGACGUCCACGGCCAGUGGCAGGAGGAAAUAGCAGCAAAGCGGGGUGAUCAUGGCGAAGAUCCAACGCGUCUUUUCGAAGCUAUGAAACCGGUCGCGGCCAAGUUCAAGGAACAGAUGCUCGCACAAGCGGUGGCGGAGGGACGGUCGGUCAUGUUGCCGUUCACUUUUUCCACGGCCGACAGUUUCGAACGGUUGCAGUGCAUCGCGGACGCGGGCUACAGCGUCGCUCGCGUGAUCGUUUUUCUGGCUGAUUUUUCCUGUGUUAGAGAACGCAUCGUUCAGCGCGGCAGGCAAACGGGGCGGCAGCAGACGAUGGGUGUUGAGAAGUACAAAGCCUGCUUGAAGAACAUCGAAACAGUGGUGUCAUCGCUAGUAGGGAAGAGAAGAGGUUCAAGCUCAAGGUCCACGGAGAACUCAACUGCGUCGCUGGUCUGCCGCGAUGGCGCGCAGAUCAUGGUCCGAGACACGACAGAUAGGGUGGUCUCGAAUGCAGAACAUCAUGAUGUUUUGCUCAACGUGUCACUGUCGUGUCAAUACAGCCCUGAGAGAGAGGCCGACGCUAUUUUGGCAGAAAUUCGCAGAAUAUUUGGGAGGUUUCAGAAGUCAGCAAGUGAUAUCGAGGGAAAGGAUGAUCCUUUCUAAACGAAAAAACGCAAGACACAAUCAUUGAAACGAGUGUCGAUCUUACAUCCGCACUGUUUGAUCAAAGUGAAGAGGACACUUCGUUUAUUUUCCAG